UAUUGACUUUAACCAGUUUAACUUCUUCAGUGAGGCAGAUGUCCACAGUUGGAGCAGCAGUGUACAGGUCCAGCACUACAACCACAGCAAGUAAAAACGAUUCACAGCAACAACACACCUGAAGUGCAGUUCACAGAAACUUGUGUCAUGGAUCAGUGGUACCGGUGGAUAGGCCUGCGUUCAAAUUCUCAAUGUCCCAUACCUAUCGAAAACCUCACCCUGAGCCCAGAACCUGAAUUGGAUAAUCCAUGGAGGCCAGUGACAUGGAGUGAAGAUAACAAAAGCAACAUGUUGAGGAAACUGCAUGAAUUCAAGCCAGGAUCUGCAGAGGUCAGUAAGCUGAAUAUUCUGCUUCAUGGCCCAAUCGGAGCAGGAAAAUCCAGCUUCAUCAACUCGGUCAAGACCGUCCUCCAGGGACACAACACCACCUCUGCACUGGCAGAUUCAGCAGCUGGAAAAAGUCACAGCUUCACCUUAAAGUUAAAAAUUCACAGGGUGAACAAAGAUGGAACAUUUUAUCCAUUUAUCUUUACUGACAUGAUGGGUCUGGAAUCAGGCGAGUCAAGCGGAGUGCAGACUGAAGAUAUAAUCAAAAUAUUACUUGGUCAUAUUAAAGACGGCUACACCUUUAAUCCUGUUCGUUCAAUCACUGAAGAUGACCCAAAGUACCUCAGUAACCCCAGUCUGAAGGAAAAAGUGCACUGUCUGGUGAGUGUGUUACCAGGGGACAAACUCUCCCUCAUCCCUGACGAAGUCAUCCAGAGAAUGAGAGAUGUUCGGAAAAAAGCUUGCCAAUUGGAGAUUCCCCAAGUCGUCAUCAUGACGAUGGUUGAUAAAGUAUGCCCACUAGUUAAGAACCUGAGUAAGAUCUACAAAAGCAAAAAAAUUAAAGAGAAGAUGGAAGAGUGCAGUCACAGACUGGGAGUCCCCAUGAACUGCAUCUUUCCUGUGCAGAACUACCACGAGCAGAUCACCAAUGACUUGAACAUGGAUCUUCUGAUUCUCAUGGCGAUGACCAACAUCAUUCAGUUUGCCAAUAACUAUGUUGAAGAGCAGGUUUACACUGAAUAAGUUCUCCAUGCAUCCAGCAGAGAAGCAGCGUGGAACUGUUCUGUUUCAGGAAUAAACAAUAUAAACAGAAAGGUACCUAAAAACUAUAAAAACAACAUCUUUAAUCUUUUGACUUUUUGAAUAUUUAUCUGUCUAUGUGAUGUGGUCUAUUUACCUGUUCUUCAUCUUUUUUAUUCACUUUUUCACUUACUGGUUUAAUUAAGGUCAUUUUUCCUCUCUAGUUUUAAUGUGGUGGGGGCAGUGGUGGGCUGGGGCAGUGGUGGGCUGGGGCAGUGGUGGCUCAAGUGGAUCUGGAUUGAGGAUUGGAGGAUCAGGAUUCAAGCCCCAGUAGGCCCACCAGGCCCUUAACCCUCCCUGCUCCAGGGGUGGUGCAUCAUAACUGCCCCUGCUCUCUUAGCUGGUAUAUGUGAAGAAAAAAAUUCCACUGUGCUGUAAUGUAUGUGUGGCAAUAAUAAAGGCUUCUCCUUCUUCUUCUUAAAUAAUAGAGAGAUGAAAUGAAGAGAGUAACACAGUAAUCAUAUUUACUCAGUGGUGGGCCAUGUAUUUCACACCUAGGCCUUCACUGGUGUCCUUCCUGAAUUAAUCCAGCUCUAUACCAUCAUUAUGAUGCCACCAUGGGCAUCGCUAGGCCAUUUUCUACUCAGCCCUCCUAAAAUUCUGCACUUCUCCAUAAACUCUACACAAAUUGGUGAAAGACCUCCCCGUCUUUCAGCACGUUCUUCAAUCCACAAACCGCAGCAUAAUCCACAAUAA